GUCAUAGAAAAUACAUACAUUUUUCCUUUAACAUAUUGGGAAGUGAAAGCAGUAAAUAUUAAACUUUAUACAAGAAUUUAUAUACGAGAACAUAACGUCAGCAGUACCAUAACAAACAAUCUGUGAGGGUUGUGGGGACGCCGGGCCAUUUACCUAACACUGCUGCUAUCCGCUCAUUACAACCAUGAAGCGAGGCAAGGCAUGUGUGACCAGCAUUGUGAAGGACGCCAGUGUUAUAUUACUGGACAUUGAGGGUACAACAACGUCCAUCAGCUUCGUCAAGAAUGAGCUGUUUCCUUACGUGCGGCGCGAGGUGGGCCAGUACCUGCAGCGCACCUGGGACAACGAGGAGACCAAGAGGGACGUGGCCGCGCUGUCCCGCCAGGUCGAGGAGGACGUGGCGGCGGGGUUGGCCGGGAGCCAGGCACUGCCAAGCACAGGUGAGCGGGAGGCGGUGAUUGCAGCAUUGGUGGCCAACGUGGAGGGCAUGAUGGACGCUGACAGGAAGGUGGGGCCGCUCAAGGCCUUGCAGGGACACAUGUGGCGCCGCGCCUACCAAGAGGGCGCCGUGGAGGGCCAUGUGUACGAUGACGUGGUGCCUGCCCUGGAGGAGUGGCGUGCCCUAGGGAAGCGUAUCUACAUCUACUCCUCCGGCAGCGUGGAGGCACAAAAACUGCUCUUCGGACACUCCUGCCACGGUGACCUUUUACAUUUCUUCAGUGGCCACUUCGACACGUCUGUGGGAGCCAAGGUAGAUUCCCAGAGUUACAGGGCUAUUGUUUCCCAGCUGCAGUGUGGGUCCGGGGAGGAGGUGCUCUUCAUUACUGAUCUGGAGAAGGAGGCAUUUGCUGCGGCCGAGGCAGGAAUGCAAGUGGUGGUGUCCGUGAGGGAAGGCACGACGCCCCUGACCCAAGCUUGCCUGGAUUCCUUUUACACCAUCACCUCCUUCGUAGAGCUAUCCCAAGAGGACCCUGAUUCCACGAGCCCGUCCCCGAAGAAGCCAAGACUGGAGGCCAAGGGCGAAGAGGAGAAGGUGAAGGGCGACGGAGAGGCAGACGGGCACAAGAAUGGAAGUGAGAAAGACAAAGGAACAGCUACUGAGAAAGAGGAGGGAGGUAAAGAGGCGGUUCAGAACUAGAAUAGAAUGUGUAGCGGCUUGAUGGUUGAUGGAUUUUGUUGUACUGUUUUAUCAGAGAGAGAGAGAGAGAGGUUAUUAAUUUAUGUAUUUAUUUAUCGACUACAUAAAUAUUCGAAAGACUACUGGACUGCAAAACGUGUCUAAUAUGAGUUACAGAUGAGAAGACUAUUGAUCCAUGAAGAAGUUAAUCCCUUCACUGCUAUGACGCAUUUUCAUAUUCAUUCUGCUUACUAUUUGGUCAUUUUAUGCAGCUUCAGAAGUUAUGCAGGGAAUAAGAUAGUGAAGACUGGCCAUUAAUCUUCUGAUCUCCAUAAACCCUUCCUAAAGUAAAUAAAUCGUCUAAUCGUACCCAAAACUCGUGGUAAAAAUGCAUCCUAGUACUGAAGAGGUUAAAUGAUACGUAUACAGUAAUUGUACCUGAAGCUCACUUGACAAAAUACAAGAUUAUCUAUAGAUGCUUAAACUUCAACCAAGCCAAAGAACCACUAGUGAGACGAACCAAAUACACGUACAGAGAGAGAAAGCAUGCAUCUCAGUGGACCUUUCUUUAAUAGCUUUUGCUCCCUUUGGCUAGUUUUCUCCUCUUACAUAAAAGAAAUAGGGAAUCACAAAGACAACCAAGACAAGGAAAGCAUUACAGAAACCACAUCUAGACGCACGUGACUAUUAUAACAAAUUAACAAACCAACGAAUAGAAUAACCAAGCAUGACUCAAAACAACUACCACCACCACCACCAUGACGCAAGAGACAGAUGCACAAGCCAGUUAAUCAUUACGUUUAUGCAUCACCACCACCACCACUAGCAGUAGCAGUAGUGACCUCAAGGCGAGCUUUAUUUACAAGACGAUGAUCCUUCCUCGUGUGUGUGUGUGUGUGUGUGUGUGUGUGUGUGUGUGUGUGUGACGCUAGGGUUCUCACGAGCGUCAGCGGCUGGUUAGAGGGAGUGGAACAGCUGCAAUAACAUUAUCUACCCUCCACAAAAUCUAGAAACACACACACACACACACACACACACACACACACACACACACACACACACACACACACACACACACACACACUCACUCACUCACUCACUCACUCACUCACUCACUCUCUCUCUCUCUCUCUCUCUCUCUCUCUCUCUCUCUCUCUCUCUCUCUCUCUCUCUCUCUCUCUCUCUCUCUCUCUCUGAUGACCUUGGCGAGGAAGGGACCCAAAGACUCCAAUACCACUGCCACUGCUGCCUCUCCCGCCUCCACCUGCUGGGCCGUGAUCGUUGCCGUCUGCUGGCCAUGACGCUGCUGCUCUGCUGAAUAUUAAAACACUCAUUGACCGCUUCCUCCCUUACUAGUAACAGGAGGCGCCGCGCUGCACGUUUACUUCGAGCUAAGAUACAUGGCAGGAACACUCGCUUCUCUGUUCCUUGGUCCUCCCCGCUAUGGUCGGAUUGAAACUGCGCCCAGCUUCCCUUGUUGCUACUCUGUCUGUGUGGGUUAUAAGUGUUAGCGUCUCUCUUUUACCUGAACUGAGGCGUACUGAAAGCUAUAGGCACCUUAACUUAUUUUGAAAUGUAUUGUUCUCUCGCCAGAUCUGUUUUCAAAGGCCAUUGGGAUGACUAGUCAGGUUUUAGUAUGUAAUCUUCCCUAUUGAUGAGGAAGAAAUAUUGUUAUCCCCUUGCAAACCUUGGGAACUUUCUAAGCCACUACUGGAGCCAUGUAAACACACUUGAAAAAUUUAGCAAACUCGCACUAGAAUUAUGAAAGCACCCUUGAAAACCUCAGUAACUCCUCAGACCUUCACUAGAAUCACGAAAGCACACAUGAAAACAAAAGUAACUCGCUAAAUAAAAACUCUUGAGAACCUGAGUAACUUCCACUUUAAGCCAACUGAAAGCAGUAGAGAUGCAGUAGCACCGUGUAAACGUUUGAAAGUGCUGUCCCUCAUUUUCAUUCGAGCGAUGGGUAACAAGACUAGUGGAGGAUAAUUGUCGUGGUGGUGGUGCCGAAUGUGAAGCACCGCUAUUGACGGCUUCCUCUUCUUUCUUUCUUCCCUCGUCCGUGGCGGUCAGGGAGUUCAGUCGAGUGGCACGUGAUGUACUGCCUGCACGCCCACGUCAUUGGUUUUCUAUAUAUUAUUUAGCACGACAGAGCAGCGUGAGUGUGAAAAGAUGAUGGAGUGCAGUGUGGAGGGUAGGGUGUGGGGCUGUCUGGAGGGAUGCAUCGAUAUGUGUCUACUGAUUGAUUAGAUGUUCGAAUACCCUUUUGUUGGACUUGUCUCUUCUCAUACAGUAGCUUCCUUGAGUACUCACGAUGUACCUGUGAGGGUUUAUUACGCUGAACUUAUAUAGUGGUAGAUAUUAGAUGGACAAUGAAGAAAGUAGGUUGAUAAAGAAUUACGUUAUGCUGCUUAACAAUAAAGAAAGGAAGAGUUUAGAAUAAUGCUUUGCUCCCAAACAGAAAAUGAAAAAAUACUUGCUUCGGUGGAAUAAAAAAUAAAUAACGUAAUGCAGCUAGACAGAGACGGAAGAAAAUAAGAGCGAAAAUAAUGUUAUGCUAAAAAAAAAAUAGAAAAUAGAAGAAUGAAAGACAAAGAAUUAAAUGUUAUACUAGUAGAAAAGUGAAAUAAAGAAAAAAACGAAAGAAGAAAUAACAAGAAAGUAAAUAUCAUUGCUAAACAGAGAAAAGAAAAAAAUAUAUAUACGGAAACGAAUAGAAGAAACGCAACAUUAUUCCACGAAACAAGACGAAAUAGGUAAAGAAAACUACGAAAAAAAAAAAAAAACGCCAGCAGGCAAAAAAAAAACAAUAAUAAUAAAAACAACAACACCAAUAACAAUAAUCAUAAAACACAACACUAAAAGAAAAGAGUAACAACCGCAAAAAGACUGAUAAAAAGAGAAGAGAGAGAAAAAAAAAAAAGUAGCGUUAUAUUUUGGACGGGAGGCGGAAGAUAGCAACCCAUGGAAAAGUUCACAGUGAAGGUCAUGAGGGAGUAGUGGUGUUAUAUGAGGAAGGGAGGGACUGGGAAUGGAGAGAGAGAGAGAGAGAGACAGACAGCGGUGGUGGCGGCGCUGGGAGGGUAGCAGAGUCCGUGUUCCUCUCUCAUGAUGCUGGUUAGGCUGACACCACUAUGAGUCUGAAUUCUGAAACGUUUUGCUCUCUCACCAACACUACUUUCCAAAGGCUUUAGUUGAAGAUACUCGUGUUUUUAAGGGUAGUUUUUUUUAUAUUUCUUGUGAUAGACUGGCAAGUCUUUAAAUUAUUAUAAGGAGAAACUGUCUGAAAACCCGGGUAAUCGUUCUGUGGCCUUGGAGAACUGUCGUGGUGAGAGAGCAAUGCGUUUCUGAAUACGGGCGAUGAGCGAGGCCUUUUGUCUAGUGUGACAGUGUAAGGGGUACGUCCUUUAAGAGAGUGAGAGAGGGAGAGAGAGAGAGCGGGGUAUAUCUAGUCGUAGUUCUUUUAUAGAUUUUCUUUCUUCUGAUACGUUUCCUAAGUCCAUGAUGUGUUCAAGUCGUUCGUUUUACCUUUAGUAAUUUUGUAUUUUAGAUUUCUACACGUAAGAGAUAUGUAUUUAAUUAUUGAGUAAUAUUCUAGUAAUAUUAGAAAGAUAUUUGAGAGAGAGAGAGAGAGUUGAAAAUAGCUGAUUCAUUGUUUUCUAUCAGUGUUUAUGAAAGUUUAAUAAAAGUUUAUUGACUAGACGCUGGUUUAUCAUAUCGCAUGUGACAUCAAGAUAAGAAGGUCUCAAGAGACAUUAUUAUUAUGCUAAAUAGUCGGUAAGAAGGAGAAUUUAAAGAGUGUUAACAUGCGAGGUACAGUAAUUUAUUUCCUCGACGUUUAUAUUGCACCAAAAAGAAAGUCAAUAUACGUAGUUUUUGUAAUGUAUUUUUGCCAGAGUUGCGUUCAUCCAUCAUGCUGCUAUCUGGGAGUGGCAAGAGCAAACAAGCCCAAGCUAUAUGUUACUGUUGAGUUAUUGACGUAUUUUGAAUCCAGGUUAUUUUUCAAAGGCCAGAGAAAUUAUUCCUUGGAUUCUCAUUGGUGUGUUUCCCAUUGACAUGCUGAACAUAAAUCUUGGUAAACUAUUGCUAGAAUCACGAAUAUAUCCUAGCUAUAAGCAAACACGAGUAAUUUCCACCUGGAUGUUUUAAAAGUGAUAGAAGCAAGACGCUGAAACUCGUUAGAUAUUGAACACAGAUCCAGAACUUGAAUGUGUACUUGGAUAUCGAAGAAAAAAAAAAAAAAACUGCGUGCUAACUCCUGGUAUAUAAAAAGCAUCAAAAGUUUCCAAGGCUCAAUUCAGCACGAAUACAAGAGGUCCCGGCAAUCUAUACAGCAAGAGAGCGUCCCGGUUGCACUCACGUUUAUGUACUGAAUCACAUCCCGCUACUCCUCCACUACAUUAAAAAAAAAAAAACUUUAGUUGAAGUUAUAUUGAGUUUUCAGGGUCUUUUCAUGUUUCUAGUGACAGAUCCAAGAGAUUUGUACAGUGUUAACAACAGAACCACCCUUGAGAAUUCUGCUAAUCAUCUCUGUGGCCUUUGAAAAUAGUCGUGGUGAGAGAGUAAAGCGUGUCUGACUAGGGGCCUCAUACCUGCCUACCUAUCCCAUCACCCUCCCUCCCUCCUCCCCAUGGCGUCGGCAGCACCCCUCAACACAAUGCACCGGGACUAUUCUGACAGUCAUCGCGGAUGCGCCAAGGUCCCUCCCUCCGUGCUGACAGCCGCUGAUGUGUCUGCAGAUGUCUACUGGUGCGGCUGUUCACGGCUGCCACUUUGUUCUCAUGCAGUGUCACCUUCUCAUUCUCACCGGUCCCCCCGACGACCCUGUCUCCGCCAUCUCACCUUCCCGCCACCAAGAGAUCCGAGUUGAUUUGAUCGUGUCUCCCUGGGAAUUCCAUGAUGAUUUGCUUAUGUAAUUGUUGCUGUUGCUGCUGCUGCUGUUGGUGGAGGUGGUAACAGUAGUAUUAUUGAGGUUGUUUAUGAUUUUGUUUUAUUAUUAUUAUUAUUAUUAUUAUUAUUAUUAUUAUUAUUAUUAUUAUUAUUAUUAUUAUUAUUAUUAUUAUUAUUAUUACUGUUAUUAUUAUUAUUAUCAUUAUUACUGUUAUUCUUGUUAUUAUUACUGUUGUUACUAAUUACGUUCAUGAACUAAAGUUGUUAGUACCACAAUUGAGAUCCUUUCUGUGUGUGUGUGUGUGUGUGUGUGUGUGUGUGUGUGUGUGUGUGUGUUUGCGUGUGCAUGCCUCCCACCACCACAGGCCUCAUGGCUCAAGGCAGCAUGGGAGCUAAUGGCGGUCUGGGCGGUGCGAGGGAGGAGUGGCUGCAACAUUACACGCCACGCCUCACUCUUCUCAGGAUACAUUAGAGGGAGGGAAUAAGCCAAAUAAACUAGUCCCUCUGAUAUGCUGAGAAUCAAACACACCAUAACCUCGUCUACAAACACUGUGAACUCUGUAAACCCACGUAAAUUUUCCUAAAAGAACAUACAUCCAUUAAGAUUUUCCGUAGCUAAUAUUUUCCCGUGAUAUGUUUGGUUAGGUUAGGUUAUAAAGUUACGUUUGAGAGAUUUAUCGUAUUCAUUCAGUUUGGGGUGAGGUGUUGAUGGGGGAGUCUUUGUGCAUCUUAGCCAGUUUAGUUAGGCGAGGUUAGGUUAAAGGAGUGUAUUGUAAUGAAAGAUUCGUUUUGGUU